GAAAUCAAUGCGACACAAAAGGUGUAAUUGUGAAGUUUGCCCCUCUCAUCGUACGCACUCCUCCGGCGUCUCUUAUCCUGCGCACCCUUACCUCCGCCAUGGCCGCCGUCGCAUUUUCAUCCUCGUCCUCCAUCCUCCUCCAUCCCGUCUCCUUCAACAAGCUGAGCUUCACCAGAAAUGCGUCCCAGAGCUUCGCCGUCAAGAAUCUCGGCCGAUCUAGGGUUCUCAUGAGCGCCUCCAUCGGAUCUCAGACCACCGCCGAGGACGCCUUGUUCUCCGAUUACAAACCCUCCUCUGCAUUUCUCUUUCCCGGCCAGGGUGCACAAGCUGUGGGGAUGGGGAAAGAAGCUCAGAGCGUCCCCGCAGCUGCAGGGUUGUAUAAGAAAGCCAACGAUAUCUUGGGGUAUGAUCUUCUGGAUAUUUGUCUGAAUGGUCCAAAAGAGAAGCUCGAUUCAACUGUCAUAAGCCAGCCUGCUAUUUACGUCACAAGCUUAGCAGCAGUUGAAUUAAUCCGUGCUCGUGAAAGCGGCCAACAAAUAAUCGAUUCUGUUGAUGUGACCUGUGGUCUCAGCCUGGGAGAGUAUACUGCUCUCGCAUUUGCCGGAGCCUUCAGCUUUGAGGACGGCCUUAAACUCGUAAAACUGCGCGGAGAAGCCAUGCAGGCAGCUGCGGAUGCGGCCAAGAGUGGCAUGGUCAGUAUAAUAGGUCUGGAUUCAGAAAAAGUUCAACAGUUGUGUGAUGCAGCAAACAUGGAAGUAGAUGAAGGAAACAGAGUUCAGAUCGCGAAUUAUUUAUGCCCGGGCAAUUACGCGGUAUCUGGAGGUAUCAAGGGAAUCGAGGCUGUCGAAGCCAAAGCCAAGUCAUUCAAGGCCCGGAUGACGGUGCGGUUGGCAGUAGCGGGUGCAUUCCACACAAGUUUCAUGGAACCGGCGGUGUCGAGAUUGGAGGCGGCACUUGCAGCAACUGAGAUUGCAACUCCAAGGAUCCCAGUGAUCUCCAACGUCGAUGCCCUCCCUCAUUCUGACCCACUCGCUAUCAAGAAGAUACUUGCUCGCCAGGUCACUUCUCCGGUACAGUGGGAGACGACUGUGAAGACCCUUCUGUCCAAAGGACUCCAGAAAAGCUAUGAGUUGGGACCAGGAAAGGUUAUUGCUGGGAUCAUCAAGAGAGUAGACAGAAGCGCCGAAAUCGAAAACGUCAGUGCCUGAAAAAUGACCAUUCUACUUGCAAUGUAGGUUUUUUGUUUGGUUUUUGGUCCUUCUAUUGAACUAUAAAUGUCAUUGAAGAGUUUACGCAAGAAUCUCUGAGGGUCAACUCAAGAGUUUGCAAGAGAUUCAAGUUUUGUAUUGAAUAAUUGGAGACGACUCCUUUUUCUUAAA